CAAGUCAGCAGGAGGGCGUGCAGUGAGUGAAGACAGGGCUUACAGUUAGUCACAAACCACAUCGGAGUGUACCCCAUUGCUGCCACCAUGAUUCAGAGACUUGUGGAAUAUACACUGUGAAACACUCUUGGAUUAUGCCACUCAGGAAGAAAUGGCGUUCUCUGGAUUUGUUUGGAUCGCAUGAUAAUUUGUUUCUAAAUCAUCACCAUAGGGCGGAACAUCUUAAUCCCUUUAGGAAAAGGCUGUCCAGCUUGAGUGGCAGCAAGGAGGAGGUGACCACACCCAAGAAAGAGGACUCUCCAGAUGGAAGCCAGCUUGUUCAGCGAUGUGUGAUUAUCCAGCGAGAUGAGAAGGGUUAUGGUCUCACUGUCAGUGGAGACAACCCUGUGUUUGUUCAGUCUGUCAAAGCUGAUGGCGCCGCAGCAAGGGCUGGAGUACAGCAGCAUGAUCGGAUCAUAAAGGUGAAUGGGACUCUGGUGACAUCAAGGAACCAUAUUGAUGUGGUGAAACUCAUCAAAUCUGGGUCAUAUGUAGCUUUGACGCUCCUUGGAAAGCCUCAGUUGUCUGGGUCUGGUUCCACUAUCAAACACACGUCUUUCCGGGACUCGUCUGGUGGAAGGAUAACAGCACCCCAGCCCGUUGAUCCUGAGAAGGACCGGGAACUAUGGCAACAGAAAGUUCAUACUACGCAGGCCAUGUAUGAACAUGCCAAGGAGGAUUAUGAGAAAAUACAAAAGUCAUUCCUUAAGAACCCUUCAGAGAAACUACAUGGUCAGCUUAUAGAGAAGGAAAAGACAUUAAAGAAGCUUGACAGCCAACUGAAACAGUUCACGGGCGGUCUGUCCCUGGAGCCUAUGACCCCAGGUUCCACACCUUCCCCUGGUCACCCGUCAGUGUCAGAUCCCGACCACAUGGAUCCUACUCCAACCUCGUGGGUCAGCCGAUGGGGAAGACGAAAGUUAAAGCGGGCUGCCUCGGUGCCUAUCAGUUGUUCAGACGGUGGGAGUGUCUCUGACUCCCCCCACACCAGCCCAAGCAUUUCCCCCACCCCCACACACCCCAGCAACUGUCACACUGAAGAGGGAGUCAGUUCCGUCAGAGGGGACAUCAGCAAUGAGGAUGUUAUUCCGCCAAGUCAACAGAACAUAAUCAUAAUAGACGAUGAAGACUUCAACUCAGAAGAAGAACCACUUGAUGGGCCGAGGAACUGGCCCAGUCGGCCUCUCUCCCCAUUUCUGCAUCGACUCCAGGCUCUUGAGGGAGGUGAUCCUGGCCCCUUUGGUAGCAUCGACACGCUGGAAAAGAAACCAGCGCAUCUUGCGAUAUUCCUGCAUUAUUUGAUAUCCAAUAGUGAUCCCUCAUCAUUGUUUUUCUACAUAGUGUCUGACAUGUACUGUCAUGCCCAGGGAAGUGCUAAAGACUUGAGGAAAUGGGCAUACGAGAUUCACUCAACCUUCCUGGUUCAUGAUGCCCCACUGAAGGUAGAGCUAGACAACAGCAUAGUAACCACCAUAGACUGCAUCCUGACACAGUCCAGCAAUGAGAACAGCCUGCGGCCGGUGUUUGACCAAGCCAAGAUGGCUGUCAAGACAGAGAUAGCUGAGUUACUCAAUGACUUCUGUAAUAAAAAGGAUUUAGGUUUAGGCAGCAUUUAUGGUGUCCAUGAACUGGAAGAUGUAAUGGAGAAGAGCAAAGAAUUGAAAAUCAUAGACAAAUAUCUCUCACCACACUUAGAGAGAUGCACGAAGGACAACGUGAAGAUAAACCGUGACCAGGCCAUCGGGUGGGCCCUGGCAACUUUCCUCAGGUACGUGGGCUUCACCAAGGGCCCUUCCAUUGAGCGCACACAGAGUUUUGUUAUGAAGGACAAGAGACUUCUCAAACUACCAGGAAAAUCAAACAAAGCAAAACAAUUCAAAGGUCACAUAUUCAACUUGACACAUUACACCUCCACUACGUUCUGUAGCCUGUGUAAUGGACUAAUCUGGGGUGUCGGCACACAAGGAUUGCAGUGUCAAGUGUGCGAGUUGAACGUCCACAAGCAGUGUUCAGAAGAUGCAGACACCUGUGUUGGGAAACAGAAGAAAGGGGAUCGGGACAAGGACAAGAAGCGAGCCUCUGCUGUCAUCCCAGUUGUGCCCUUCGCUGGCCGAAAACAGAGCAACCCCAACAAAGAUGCUGGUGCUCCCCCUUCUUCUACAGUACAGGAAGCACUGGCCGACGCCCGGCACCAGGAGCUCCAGAUCGUCACACAACCAGUCAAGCGGGAUGAAGAGGCUGAUUUCUCAGUACUGCUUUCCAAAAUAGCCGGCCUCCCAGCUGGACAUGGGGUGAAGAGCAUUAUACAGAGAUAUGAAGACGGACCCAAGAGCCCCACAGAGAACCCUGAAGCUGAAGAUGCCAAUCAAGGGAAGGACCGCGAGCUCGGCAGAUCUGAGAGUAUGAAGGGCAGGGGAGAGGUAACCAAACUAAAAAAGGGUGAUCGUCCAGCACGGAGAGCGAAGAGUGAUGUAGACAUGGAUGACAAUACAAUCAAAGCUCUUAAUCAGUCAGGCAGCUCCUCAACUUCCAGCUUGUCCAAUCGCAGCGUGGAGAGUCCUUCCAACUCCACUGAGACAGUCCAUGAGUUGAUUGCAAACGACUCUGACUUGGAUGUGGAGUCCGAGCUGCCGUCACUGAAAAGCCUUCUUGGAGACGACGUUAUAAAGAAGUUAAAACCAAAGGAGAAGAAACGUCAGGAAGUGUUGAAUGAGUUGUUCUACACAGAGAGAGCACAUGUCCGAUCACUGAAGAUUAUUGACAGGCUGUUUCAUCGGCCUAUGGCAGUUGAAGGUAGCCAUCAUGAGCUGGCACGAUACUUGUUUCCUAAUCUGGAUCAGAUGAUAGAAUUACACAGAGAGCUGAACAACCAGAUGAGGAAACGCCGUCAGGAGAAUCCAGUAGUGACAAGGGUAGCAGAUCUCUUGUUGACCAGGUUUGAUGGUGAAAAUGGAGAAAUAUUCCGUCAAGCAUGUGCGGAGUACUGCCGUAACCAGUCCUUUGCCCUGGAAAACCUGAAGAAACAUCAACGCAAAGAACAGCGGCUGUCCCUGUUCCUCAAUGAAGCUGAAAGUAGUCCUCUCUGUCGCCGACUGCAACUCAAGGAUCUCAUGCCGGCCCAGAUGCAGCGCUUGACAAAAUACCCCCUGUUGAUAGAUAACCUCAUGAAAUAUACUCAAGCCAACUCUGAAGAGCACAGUCAACUUGAGAGAGCUCGGGAUAGAAGUAGACAAAUUUUAGCAUAUGUGAACCAGGCUGUGAAAGACUGUGAAAAUUAUCACCGAUCACGGGUUAUACAGAAAAAGAUAGACAAACGUCCAAUAGAAAAUAUGUCGAGUCAUCAAUCUUAUGAAGAAAUGAAGAAUCUGGAUGUAACUCAACACAAGCUGGUGCAUGAUGGGGUGUUGUCGAUGAAGUUGCGGUCACAUCGGAUGAUGGAUGUGCAUGUGGUGCUGCUGGAGAACAUCAUGGUGCUGUUGCAGAAGCAGGAUGAUAAACUGGUCCUGUGUCAGUCUAAUGCACAGUCUUCACGAGCAGAGGACAAAUUUGUUAACACCCACAGCCCACUUCUCAAGCUGCAGAACUUGCUGGCCAGGAAUGUGGCAACAGACAAAAAAGCAUUUUUCGUUGUAAAUACAGAAAACAGUGGACCUCAGAUCUAUGAGUUUGUCGCCCCGACACAAGAUGAGAGGAAAAAGUGGAUGAAAUAUAUCAAUGAUUCAGUAGAGGAGGUGAAGAAAAGGGAAGGAUCAUCGAAGUUUACCCCAUUUGUACCCCCCAAAUUACCACCAGCAAUAGUGCCCCCUCCAGGAAACCAUGAACCAGAGACCAUCUCAUUACGGAGAGAUCAGAUCAGGUCAGUGUCAUCACCUCAAAACAACACAAUCUCCACUGUAUCACCAUUGAAACAAAGAGGAAUUCAUCCGUACUAUUUGCAACAACAGAUAGUUUUGCCUACAUGCUCAUGGUACAUGAUUCACGGUCAACAACACCGCCACAUGAAGCGUCGCGGCCACCAACGCAAGUUGGCUCGGGAAACAGCAGACAUGACCCAGACAUCUGAAUCUACACUGAUUCAGCCACAUGAAGUUCACAUAUCAGAUCCUGUAGUGGGGCAGGCAGAACAGGUCCUCACCCCAAUAGAAAAACUUCGAAGAAAUGACGAAUCUUUGGAGGCUUCAAUGGAAGAACGGGAAAAAAUAUUGGCACAAAUUCAGGGCUUGCCUAUUGAUGAGACUCGGGGCACUGCCGAGGUUGACACUGUGAUGGGCGGUAACCAUGACGACAACGAGAGCAGCAGCCUUUUUCUGAUAAAAGCAGCACAGGAAAUAAAUUCUCAGCUGAUGCAACUUGUGAUAAACUCAAACAGUAACCAGGCCCCAAUGGCAUCCCCAUCAUCCACUCCACAAACACCUCAUUCAGGGGCAGCACGAGCAGAACAGCCGAAGGUUACAAUUCCGAUUCCUAUGGAACAACUAAGGGAUAUGGCAAUAAGGAUGAAUCAGAUUCUCACCAAGUUACUAUCUGCUGUGAAUAAUCAGGAAGAGGAGAAGGAGGGUUUACGAGAAGAACUGCGCCAGGCCCAGGAGAAACUCACCUCCCUGAGGCAAAUCCAGAUGGCGGUCAUGGGAGGCAGCUUGCCCCAUUCCCGUCCAUCCAGUAUCGUGUCUGCCGGCUCCUCCGCCACUGAGGAAGAGGGAGCGGCACAAGUGCCCUCCGUUAAUGAUGUAGCGAAUAGCCUGCGAGAACAAGCCCAGGAGAUGAUGAGUGCUGUGGGUCUGACCCGUCAGGAUGACGAGCUGGAGAAGAAGACGUCUGCUGCUAAGAAGACCCCCUUGUCCUCCUCCUCCUCCUUGAAUGGUGAGAAGGUCACAAGUAGUACACCUGUCUUGGCAAACACAGCCACGGACAGUGACAGUGAUGAUCAUGACUAUGUGGAGAUUCCUGAUGACUUGCCGCCACUCAAUGAAGAGAGGCUGGCCAGCUCCAACAAUAACUCUGAGGGAGAUACUCUUAAAACUGUCAGUGCGGAAAACUCUAAGAAUGAAGUUGUCUCUGCAACAGGACAAUUUGCUGAUAAGGCAGAGAUAGAGUCGGUGAUAUCCCAGGAAAUGAUGAGUUCCACUCAAACUACCGACCUUGACGAAGGUGCUAAUGACUCUGAUUCUGAAUCCACACCCACGUCUAUCCCCAACCUUGGGGACUUGGGUGAGACGGACACAGACUCAGUUCAGAAAUUUGAUGGUGUUGUGUUACCUGGAGGAAUAUCUGCUGAAGAGUUGAUGGCUGGAAAUCAGACCAAGCCAUCAACUGGUGAUGAGAAAAGUGAUAUGACCUUGUCUUCAAAAGAGUCAGCAGUAGAUCCGAUUGAAAUCUAGUACACUAAAGCAUUACAGAGUUUCUACACACAUUCAUUGAGGUUCGCCUUACUCAACACUUCAGCUUCCAAGAUUGGGAAUAGCCUUGUGUGGUUCAUCAUCUCUGAAGGCAGCGAAGGCAGAGUAGAUUGACCUAUUUGUUGACAUAAGUAAUCAAGAUUUCAGAUAAUGGAUGGUAUGUUCUAGAAUCAUGUGACAAAUGAAAGAAAAGCACUGGUAGUUUUUAAUCAAGUCCUACACAUACCAAGUAUAUACGUAUACCUUGAUCAAAAGACAUUAUUUUUUUGUGCCAAAUUGUGAUAUUCAUGUAAGAUAUUCACUGGAAUAAUGUAAAUUAUACAUUUUAGAUAUCAAGCUUUUUGUGCAAGUUUUAGUAUUCUGUGCUUAGUUUUGGAUGCAAGAGUGUUUUCAUACAAUUGUCACUUGUGUGUAUAUGGUCAUUAUAGUAGCAUAACUAGACCUUGUCACCCAUUCUGUUAGGGAGGUAACUCUUACCAAUUUAUGAGUGAGUAGUCUCCCCUGAUUGUAUGACAACAUUGAACUUAAUGCUCUGCCUUAGCUGCCCUGAUGGACCCUUCUCCAUAUUGAAACACAUCAUGUUUUCUGAUGGAGAAAAAGCUGUAGAUUUGGAGCCAUGCUUGAUCAAAUUGUGAACUUUUUUUAAAGGGAAAGUGCUCUCUAUGUGUUAUGUAGCAUUGUACAAAAGUGUUAAUAUGUAAAUAUGUGUAUCAAUGAUCCUGUCCAACAAGGGAAAUGAUUUGUAUAGCUGGACAACCUGUUCAAUAUGUGUAUUGUUUAUAGACUAACAUUAUUAUUAUUAUAAUUAUUAUUAUUAUAGUUAUUAUUAUGAUUAUUAUUAUUAUCGGUGAAGCUGACAGCUCCUCCAUAUACCACCAUACCAAGCAGGCCUCCGUGAUCUGCCAUGUUUGCAUUAAGAAAUGGAGAUUUUAUAUGAAUUUACCAAUAUCAAAAUACAACCUAUGCUUACAGAGUGCGACUUGUUACAGAGACAAGGGUGCCUCUCUCCUAACAGCAGACACUGAUGCUCCAUAAACACAUUUGAUGAUAAAGUUACCGAUUUGAUUUUUGUUUAGUGCAGUGAAAUUUGCAAACUGUCUUUAUUUUUAUAACACAAGGAGACGCUGGAAGGAUCCUGUUUCGUGUGGAAUUGAUUGUAGUGGUAAUGCAAAUGUAUGGACAGGAGCACCAGUGUCUGGUGAUGCCUACUUAUGCAAUGUGACCAUGUAUGUGUAUUUAUACAACUCUCAUAUUCAUCACUCUGUACCCAUCUAUUCUCGCAGCCUACUAAACCAUCACUUACAUAUAGCCUCAGGAACCUAACUUGUUUCCCGCACAGGACAUAUGUUGAUUGGUCAACUCCAGAUGAAACUGCCAGUCUGAGUCAGGAGUCAUUACAGACCUAACAUUAGCCUUUCGCUCCUUGGUUGUCAUUAUAGAUUCUGCUCCAGUGCAAUGUGGGUCGUUACUUAGGGAGUAAGUGUAGACAUAGCUGAUUAAACACAAAUAACUUCAAAGACGUUAUACUUAAUGAUGGUGUGUUUGCAUUUGUUUUAAGAUGAUAUUUACUGAUAUGUCAAUCACAUAUUGAUUUGUACUUCCUUUUCAUUUAUUUUCUUUUAUUAACAUGAGACUGAUGUUUAGUUCACUCAAAAAAUCAUUUCUCCAAAUACCUAUCAUCUUAACAAGUGAUACUCAUACCCUCAGUAAUUGUGGAUGUUAAAGUUCCACUUAUCAUGUUGGACAGUAUAAACAGAUCAGGUAUAUGUUGUAAAUCAGACAGGAUUGUUUCAAUGUGUAAUCUCAAUUCAGAAACUCAGAAACAAACUGAGGAUUUUCCUUUAAUUUAGUCCUCAAAACAUGAAAGUCACUUUAGUGAUUGCGAGGCAUGAUUAACUCAGUCUCUAAAAAGUAAUGCUUACUCCUGUUUGAGUCAUGUAUAGAAUUUUGUGAAGAAAUUACGUUUACUGUGCAUAAAUGCCUUGAUACUUUCCUGACUGAUGUUGAGUUUCUUGGAAGAAAUGUUGUUUGACAUUUUUCAGUGUACAAGGGUUAUUUAUCUCUGGGAUGGUAAAGGAAGGUGUGUAGCAGUCAGUGUGCAAGAUGGAUGCUGUGUUGAUCAUGAUGCACCACCCGCCUUUUGAGUUGUUCUUUGGUGCAUACGUACCACUGCUGAAGCAGUGUCUGUGGAAUUUUUAGGACUCCAUUGUAAUAUGUCUUGGUAAAUCUUUGCAGAUACAUUUAUACAUACAAAAACUAAUACACCCCAAUUAUUGAAUUUGUUUUCAUUAAUUUAUGAUGUUGGAAAUAAUAUCUUUUUCAAGAGAAGACAGAUUUUAAGACAAAAGCAAAAGAUAUGCUUCAAUAACUCAAUUACAAGAUGUUCCUUUCAGCAAAUCUGAGUCAAAGUAACGAGUUUGGCUUCACUCCAUUUCCAUUUGCUGUUAUAUUCUCAUUCCUGGAUAGGAAUAGGUUUGUGUAAAUGGCGUCCCCCUUCUUGAACCAAAUCAGGUACUGGUGUGUUGAAGUUCAACAUGUUUCCAGGUUAGAUUUUGAGAUGAGUAUGUCAUGUCCCUCUGUGAAUGAGCAGACUUGCAUGGAUGUACGCUUCACAUGACUCCUUGCAUACUGUCCAUAUACACUUUCCUUUCUGAUCACUUCAUCCCAGACAAGGCUGCAGAGCAGAUACAAAGUCACAAGUGGAAUAAACUGCAUAUUUCAAAUAUA